UCCUGGGCGAUGGCUUUUAAAAAGCCUGAGCGCCCUAUUCCUAAUGCAUUGUGUGGUACAUCAGCUACGGAAGGUGCAGGAACUAUGAGCCGCAAAGUUGUGAGGUCCAGUAAAUUCCGCCAUGUCUACGGGCAACCAGUGAAGGGUGACCAAUGCUAUGAUGACAUCCGUGUUUCUCAAAUGACAUGGGAUGGGAACUUUUGCUCUGUCAACCCCCAAUUCUUAGCCAUCGUUGUGGAGGCCAGUGGUGGAGGAGCCUUCCUGGUCCUGCCAUUGUCCAAGACUGGUCGCCUGGAUAAAGCCCACCCUGUGGUCUCGGGGCACACAGCUCCUGUGUUAGACGUAGAGUGGUGCCCCCACAAUGACCAUGUUAUUGCCAGCGCAUCCGAGGACUGCACUGUUAUGGUCUGGUCGGUGCCUGAAGGUGGUCUUACAAGAUCUCUGAAUGAACCUCUGGUGACUCUUGAAGGCCACUCUAAAAGGGUGGGGAUUGUGACAUGGCACCCAACAGCCCAGAACCUCCUGCUGAGUGCAGGCUGCGACAAUGUCAUAAAAGUCUGGGACGUGGGUGUUGGACAAGCGGCCAUUUCCUUGGAUGAGUUGCACCCAGAUGUCAUCUACAGUGCAGCUUGGAACCAGGACGGCUCUUUGCUCUGCACGGCCUGCCGGGAUAAGCACGUGCGGCUUUUUGACCCCCGGACAGGAGGCACAGCAGCAAAUGAAUUGCCCCGGGCCCACGAGGGAUCUCGUCCCGUUCGGGCAACAACUGUGAAGGAUGGGAAGCUUUUUACAACAGGUUUCAGCCGCAUGAGCGAGCGACAGGUGGCCCUGUGGGAUCUGAGAAAUCCUGAGGAACCAUUGACUCUUCAGGAGCUAGAUACAAGCAGUGGCGUACUCUUGCCUUAUUAUGAUCCAGACACCAACGUGGUUUACCUGACCGGCAAGGGUGACAGCAGCAUCCGGUACUUCGAGCUGACUGGCGAAGCGCCCUAUGUGCACUAUUUAUCCAUGUUUACUUCCAAGGAGUCGCAGCGAGGAGGCGGAUGGAUGCCCAAACGAGGGCUGGAUGUCAGCAAGUGCGAGAUUGCCAGAUUUUACAAACUACAUGAGAGGAAAUGUGAACCCAUUGCUAUGACGGUGCCCCGGAAGUCAGACCUGUUCCAAGAGGACCUAUAUCCUGACACACCUGGUCCAGAUCCUGCCUUGUCCUCAGAGGAGUGGCUAGCAGGCAAGGAUGCAAGCCCCAUCCUCAUUUCCCUCAAGGAUGGCUACACUCCCCAGAAGAGCCGAGAGUUCAAAGUCAACCAGACUCUCCUGCAGGGGCCCAAGAGAAGUCAACUUCCACACGACAGGACCCAGCAAGGGGGUCCAGCUUUAGAUCAGCUCUCAGAGGACCUGAAACGGCUGCAGGCUACUGUGUCGGAACAGGAGCGACGCAUCUCAGAGCUGGAAAGGAUUGUGAAGAAAUAGCUUCUCUCUCUUCCUAGCCAGUCUGGUUCUUCAUGAGUCACCAUGGACUUUGUUUCACUGGCCUUUUAAAGCCCCUUUGAUUUUUUUU